AAUACAGUGGGGCUCGCGACCGGCUCACACGUUCUACUUAUCAUCCAAACAGUGGUACCAAAUAUCCCAGGAAAUGAUAGAAGGUGGAAUUACAUCCAUGAUGUCAGGAGUAAUUGAGAAUGCUGGGCAUCAUCCAUCUCCACAGGACUACAGGCUCCUGACCCCGGGCCCCUCCCAGCUGAGGGAGGAGGACCUCCCUGGGGACCUCCAGUCCCUGUCGUGGCUCACCUCUGUGGACGUGGCCCGGCUCCAGCAGAUGGCCCACAGCAACGGGCUGGAGCAACAGACAGCCCAGCUGAGCAGCAUGUCUGCGGGUCAAGACGCCAUGCUCCACCUCCAGAGCAACAUGCAGCACAGCCCUCUGGGCAUCAGCACCCACAGCGGGAGUAUGUCUCCGUACUCGCUGAAUGGGAUGCCCUCUCCAGGAUACCAGUGCCCCACCUCAGUGUACCAGCCCAGCCCCCAGCAGGUGUACUCUCUGACCCAAACUGGACAACAGUGUUCAGCUGGUGGGCUGUAUAGCAACGUCUCUUUCAACAACCAAAGUCUUUUCACACAACCUCGCCUGGCUCCACAAGACCAGGAGCUGCAGCCCAAGUCGUUUCCCAAGCCGAUCUACUCCUACAGCUGCUUGAUUGCCAUGGCGCUGAAGAACAGCAAAACUGGCAGCCUGCCAGUCAGUGAGAUCUAUAGCUUCAUGAAGGAGCACUUCCCUUACUUCAAGACUGCGCCUGACGGCUGGAAGAACUCCGUCAGACACAACCUGUCCUUGAACAAGUGCUUUGAGAAAGUGGAGAACAAGACGAGCAGCUCUUCCCGUAAGGGCUGCCUGUGGGCACUGAACCCCGCCAAGAUCGACAAGAUGGAGGAGGAGAUGCAGAAGUGGAAGCGCAAGGACCUCCCAGCCAUCCGCCGCAGCAUGGCCAACCCCGACGAGUUGGACAAGCUGAUCACCGACCGGCCGGAGAGCUGCAGACGGAAGGCUUUGGAGUCCGGCCCGCCCCGCCCGCCCGGCGGCGCCGCCCCGAUGCAGCCUCCGCCCGUCCUCACGCUGUCCCUGCCCUGUUUGCCCAUGCACCACCACCACCACCACCACCAGCUGCAGCUCCACGCUCAGGCCCGCCUGGCCCCCAUGUCCCCCGUCCCGGCCCUGACUCCUCCCCUCCACGCGGCCCCCGACUCGUCCCACAGUCCCCUCACCAAGCCGCCGGAGGAUUUCUACAGCGUGCAUGGGGACACGCACGCGGAGGUGGAUGCACUGGACCCGAGCAUCAUGGACUUUGCCCUCCAAGGUAACCUGUGGGAGGACAUGAAGGACGACAGCUUUAACCUGGAUGCUCUGGGCACCUUCAGUAACUCACCUCUCCGGCUAUCGGACUGCGACCUGGGAUCAGGCAGCCUCACCUCCGGCUCCACUGGCGUCAACCUGCCGCUGUCCGAUGUGCAAGUGACGGGCCUCUACGCAUCCUACUCCUCCCAGGACCACCUGUCCUCUCAGUACCUGGGCGCGCCAGCCAACAAGCCCAUCGCCCUGUUAUAGAGCAGCUGGACCGCCUCCUGCAGUCGUCCAGAUUCAUUUCACCGUUUGUGGAUAUCCGUGGAGCCGACUGAAGAAACCCGAGGUCCAAGUCUGACUUCUGGUUUCUUUAGUGUUUUAAAACCGUACAAACCACACAGCUGUUCUGCAGUCAGCGGGGAGCUCCUCGUGGAAGAUGUUUCAACAUCAUUUCACUUGCGGUCCAGAAGAAAAAUGCUCCUUAAGACCUCAAAGGGCUGAUAAGUAAAGACGUGUCAUGGCUCUAAGAGCGCGUCAGACUUCUCAUCUCUAGCUUCGCUGAGAACAAGGACUCGAUGGAGACGUCGUGCAGCGUUUCUCCUUGAAGGCCUCCCGUCCUGUAGCUCCCCGUCUCCGGUCUGUUGUGCUAGACAUUAUUGCUGUGAUGUUUUAUUUAUAUUUAUGAAAAGGCAGCUGGAGAAGGUGAUGACUCCAUCGAUCUUUUGCUGUAUAUAUUUGAAUGUUUUAAAUUGUUAUCGCCACAGAAAAGCUUUCCUUCGCCUGGAUUUACCCGUUUCAUUCCAAAACACUUUGAAUGAUCCAGACUUUACACAUUAUUCCUUUACACAUGUGAUAACAUGCCUCAAAGUCAGACGUAUAUUAUGUUCAUUAAUUUGAUCACGAUACAAAUCAAAGGGGUGAAUAAAAGACGUUUGUUUUGCCAAAAAUAUAUCAAUGAUAUUUAUUAAGUCUUCAGUAGAAUACAUGACAGGCCAGAGGUUAUGUACAUUUAAAUGUCACUAUUGAUCAGAGGAGAGGCUAAUUAAGCCGUUGCUUGGCAACCACUUUGGCGAUUAUUGUCCAACCUGAGUCUUAAGAAUUACUGCAUUACAUCAAAGAAAUACCUCCAAAAAUUAAAGAAAAGCUCAGAAGUA